GGGGAAAGGGAAGGAUAAGGUGGACGAUGAAGACGUCACCUUCCAACGCAUGGUUGCAAAGGGAUCCUGGCUUCUUCUACUGGCUGGUUGAUGCAUGCAGAUGCAAGAGGUUGCAGGAGAACGUGGAGGUUACCUUCAUGGCCGAGGCGGUACAUCUCUCUCUUCUCUCUGCAUUUUUUUUUUUUUUUUUUUUGGUGCAAACUUGAACCCCCAUGUGUGCAUUAGGGCCAAGUGUGCAUUCAAGGAAUGCAGCUACUACUUUAACUAUCUCUCUGUGUUCUGUGUGUGUGCACUUGAGUCAUGCACACAUCCACCACUUUCUAAUUUUAUUGUUGUUUAGCUCUUUACUUUGUUGCCAUCUGUGUAAGUUUGAGUAUACAGCCUUGGACAGUGAUGACCUAUUAUAUCUCAAGGAGCAGAUGGAAGCUGAGGAGGAUGCAGAACGCCUCCUUCGUCGCACUGAGAAACGAGCAUUUGCUGCAUUUAAGCAAGCUGCAAGUCUGGCAGAUUCUUCACCUGCAUCGGCUCCCUUGACACUUCGUGUUGAGCCCAAACAAAAGAGUGGGAUUAGACAGCAAGAUCUACUGAAAAAGGUGGUAGAAGUUAAACCCAAAAAGCAGAAAGUUGCAAGUCCAUCUAAUGGUAAUCAGUUGUCCCUCUCCCAAAAGAAUGUUGGUGCUUCUUCGACAAAUCUUAAGCCUGAAUCUGACCAGGACAAGCACAAGGUGCAUUUGUCAUCACCAUCUUCCAAAAUAGAUGGUGAGUCCAAGGUGGAAACUACUGCCCAAAGCUUAUUAGGCUUAGCAUAUGCAAGCUCUGACGAUGAAGAUUAAAGAAAGAAAUGGCAUUCUCUCGUGAAGCUUGGUUUUUUUAUCUUUUUUUUCUUUCUUUUUUCACUUGUCUUUACAUAGUAUUAUUGUAUCCUUGAUUAUUAGUACAAAAACUCAUGUUCACUGCUCAGACUACUUUUUACUGAAGACCAUGCUUAAAGUCGGUACAA